UUUGUCGAAGUAAUUGGACACGUCUAAUAAUUUAGUGAAAAUGAUUUUUUGUCAUUAUGUGAUCGCCAGAAAUUGCUCGUUUAUACGGUUCUCGAGGAAAUAACUAAGAACAAUGUCAAUGACUUUAAAUGUGUAAAAAGUAUACAUAUCCUGUAUCCUAUAACAAGGACUCUGAAACUGUCUACGAAUAAAUUGAACCUAAAAAGUUUAUAAAUUAGUUUAGUACAUAACUCUUGUAAAUUAAGGUAAGCUUUCGUUAUUACUAAAGUUAACUAUAUAACAGUGGACGUUAAAAAAUAUUUUACGAUUCAUCUUCAGACUCCUCGUCGGUUGAACGUAAUAUUCGUUAUUAUGACAUGCAGAAUAUCAGUUCAAGAAGUAGCUUUAAUAAAAGUACAGAUGCGAAUGUUUUUUGUAUAAAUACACAAUGUCAAAUUGCUAACGAAGAAUUAGUCGAUUUACGCCAACAGGUGAGUAACUUGCAAGAAACGGUCGUAUCAUUAGAAAACACCAUACAUAUAAAGGAUGGGCAAUUGCAAAAUAUGCAACGAGAUAACGAGAGAUUAUCGACCGAGCUAAAGAAGCAACAAAGAUGCAUCAGGAACAUCAAACAGCAGUUGGACGACGAAAGGUUUUUCUAUCAAAGAGAAAAAGAUUAUUACAACGAUGAAUUACAGCGGCAGAAAACACGUUGCGUCACUGGAACGUCGCGACUGCAACAACAACAAAAGGAAUUGGAAGAUGCACGAAAUUCCUUGGAAGAAGAAAACAAGUCGUUACGGGAAGAGUUAAACGUAAAAGCUGAGACAACGUACAAUUUGUGUAUAAAGUUUUUAAGAAUGAAGUACGCGAAAGAUUCGUUGAGAGAAAAACUAAAUCAGCUGUUGAACGAGCACCUGCAAGUAAUGGCAGACAUGAUGGAAAAGCUAGACGAGGGUAGAGGAGAACUUAACAUUAUCGUAUCCGAAAAAUUUCAAGAACCCCUGCCUUUAAGCAAAGCAAAAUUCUUACGGGUGGUGCAAAGAAAUGCACGACUAGUUCACGAGAACGCGAUGCUCAAAGUCCAAAUACAGCAUCUCACUCUAAAUAUAGAAAAAUUGAAGUGUUACUCACAGAAACCAAAAUUAAUUAACGUGGAUGCUAAAAUCAUCGCCAAAUUGGCCGCGCAUAGUGGGAAGAAGUAUAGGAAGGAAUCCACGAGAUGGCUGCCGCUCCGGUCGAACGAAGACGAGACCGAGAAGACUGCGCCAGUCGAUAAACUUCCGAAUUAUCAAGAUCCCGUCGAUUAUUCUGGUGACGCGAAAUUAAUAUCAAAAAUUCAAUCGAGCAACUCGAGAAAACAGGUAAAUACCGCGGUACGAGAAAUUCAGACUGAAGAAACUAACGAAUUCCGAAAGGAACGUGCGCAUAGCGCCCCGGAAAUCUUUCGGACGAAAGCUCAACCAAGUGGCUCGACGAUUUUUCAAACAGAUUCUUUUGUCGGCUCUCGCGAUGCUUCCACGAAUACGUAACA